GAGAGGGGUCGUUGCAACUCGCAAGGUAUACUGGGUAGGGUAGACAGUUCGGAAAAUAUGGCGACUUCUACUCUGAGGCUGUUGUCCUUUGGAAAAAAUGCAAAGGUUCUGCUGGCGCCGUUGAGGGUGUCAGCGGUCCCUGCCUAUAGGUAUGGUGCUCUAGUUUCUAGUUCGGGUGAGAAAAUUACUCACACGGGACAGGUCUAUGAUGAACAAGAUGUGAGAAAAGCCAGAUUCGUAAACCGACAGAAAGAGGUGAAUGAGAACUUUGCCAUUAAGCUGGUGGCAGAGGAGCCAGUGACUGAUGUGGAGGCCAGGGUGGUGUCCUGUGAUGGAGGUGGUGGAGCUCUCGGACACCCCAAAGUCUACAUCAACCUGGAUAAAGAGACACAAGCGGGCACAUGUGGCUAUUGUGGGCUACGUUUCCAACAGAAGCAUCACCACUGAAGCGCUGCUCAUCUACCUUUCUGUAAUCAGUUUUUCUGGCCAAUAAAUUAUUUUUUUCCCCUCUUCAA